AUGAAGAAUGAGACAUGUAGGAGAAUGUGUACAAGAGCACCUGGAUACUUGUUCUACGCGGCAGUCAUUUUCGCAACGUGCUGCCGAGGAAUAUCGGCAACGGGUAUGCUCUACUUUGAAGUUAUUUCACGCUAAAAAUCAUAAACUUAAUCACAGAUACCAUAUAUCAAUUCUCGAUUCGCGUUUUAUAACGCUUAUUCACAGAAUGAUUAAGUUGACGAGAUGAUGACGAUUCCGGUUGUUGUUGUUGUUGUGUUGUUCAUGAUACUUCUUCUAUUUCAAUUAUUUUCCAAAUGAUUUUUUGUAGCUGAGACGCACGAGUUCCGCCUUCUCAGGGAUCUUUUCGAACAUUACGAUAAAGAAGUGAGACCAGUCUUCAACACAAGUAGCCCUGUACACGUCAAGUUUAGUUUGAGUUUGAUACAAAUUAUAUCAGUGGUAAGUGAACCGGUGUACAAUUCUCUUUAAGAUUCAGGAGACCAAACGUUUACGUUGCAAGUACUGUCACCCUGACGAAUUCAAACAAGCGUGCUUUAACGAAAAUACCGCGGAAAAAAUUUGUACGGCAGCCAUUUCCUAGUUUUGAAGGAAAGAAAGAAAUGUAUAAGGCAUGUUUCUCAGUUUUAAGUGGAACUGAAUGAAUACUUUACCAGUUCUUAACAGGUUUAGAAAUGUGUACGGCAUUUUUGCCAGUUUUGAGUGGAACUGAAUGCAUACUUUUAUUACCAGUUUUUAACAGGUUUGGACGUGUUAAUUGUUUCCGCGUUCAGAAUUUUCUCGAAAAUUCGUGUGAACCACUUUUACCACCUAAGACUUAUUUUAAGCAAGAGAUUACACUUUCUAUCGGUUUACCAGCAUAAUAAACUGCUCAAUGAAUGUUGGGGGAACAAGAGAAAACUUUGUAGGCUCGUCAUCCGGAAUUGUUUCCAGCCUCUUAGAAAAGAGUUCGCCAUUUUCAUGUAAACAGUUACCAAUUUUUCGAAGAGGUACUUUUGAUAAAUAGGAAAUCAAAGGCCGACAGGAUAUCCUUAAGCGCUUGUGUAACCUAAUAGUUUCCAUAUCUAUUUAAUUGAGAGAUUUGUUUUGUACAAGUUUCUUUCAAUCCUUCGUAUGAAUCCUGUCUCCUAAAUUUCGAAGGAUAAAUUAUCUUUUAUACCACAAUUACUAAGAUCUUCCAAAAGAUCAUUUACACCUCAUGUUCUUAAAGGGGAAAACAGAUGAAAUUGAACUUAAACGUAAAUAUUGAAGUUACUUAUUAUUCAAAAUCAGUCUAAUCUUCUACCUACAGAACAGCAAGUCUCAACUUCUGACCCUCAACGUCUGGAUUAGACAGGUCAUUUCAAUUCUUCAUGUUCACCGCACAAAUUUUCGGCAGUUAAAGAAUGGCCAUAAAAAAUCUCUUUCUACACAAUAUUACACAUCAAGAAGUUCCUCUAGAAUGAUGCAGCAGAUUGUCACUGUCUCUUGGAUGAAGAUGAACAAGUAUCCUAAGAAGGAGAUUUUAACUUUACUUCCCACCAUUGCCGGACUUUCGCUGAAAAUUCAUAGACUUCUGCAUACUUGUCACAAGUCGACUACAAUAACCAAAAAUUAAACACAUAUUUUGGUGGCGUUACCUGAAAAAUGGUUGCAAUGGUUAUGGGACAGAAAAAAAGAGAGAAAAAUUAAAAAAGAAAGGAUAAGAGAGAGAAAGAAACAAAGAAACAAAGAAAACAAAGAAAAAAAAACAGAGAAAGAAAAUAAAGACAGUUUUAAAGGAGAAAAUUAAGGUAUAUGCCAAAUAGCCUGAAUUCAAAACUGACAUAUUAAGUUAAAUAUGUUUUGUUUGUGCAUUUUUUCUACCAGAAAUGGAUAAAUCCAAUGUUAGGAUGGAACACAUCCAAAUAUGGUGGAAUAAAAUCAGUAAAUGUGCACCCUUCCAAAGUAUGGAUACCUGACGUCAUUCUUUAUAAUAAGUAAGUAGGAUUCAUUGUAAGAUGUGGUGUAGUCUUUGUUCUCAGUUCCACGAAAACUAUGGCUCUUUACAACUUAAUACUCAUAAAAUGCAACCUUCGUUUUUCUAUUUAUUGAUUUUUUUCUCCCUUUGCCACAUGGCCAAAAAAUUCCGAACCAUACACACCACGAAGCCGGACAUUGAACCGUUUGCCCAUGGUUCUCCUAUGGAAAUGUAGGCCUAUCAACCGCUAUACAAAGAUCUAGGUAGUUGAAUUUUACGAUUCAAAUCAAAGGUUUUUCAAUUUAGUUCAUAAAAAGACAUACUUUUCCCUCUAUAUUAGUAAUCCCGAUUUGGGGGAAAUGUUUGAGAUGAAAGGUUGUAACUUUACGUACACAUAAUUUUAUCUUCAGCGCUGAUGACAGCAACGGAGGUGGACUAGAAAAAUAUAAGACUGCUGUAAUUUUGUCUGAUGAUGGAACAAAUGAGUGGAACGCACCUGCGUCUUUUACAAGCACUUGUAAGAUUAACGUGGCUAACUUCCCAUUUGACAAGCAGAACUGUUCGCUGAAAUUUGGCUCAUGGACGUUCCAAGGUGACCGCUUGACAAUGGAGUCGGAAUCGCCAUCCGCUGACUUAAAAUUAUACCUACAAAAUGGAGAGUGGAACCUCAUUGCAAUGCCAGCGAAAUUAAAUAAAGUGUAUUAUAACUGCUGCCGAUAUCCCUAUCAUGAUGUGACACUGAAUUUGAUCAUCAAAAGAAAGCCUCUAUAUUAUGUUUUUAACUUAAUCCUACCCUGCGCUUUGAUUUCCACACUUACACUGAUCAAGUUCUUUCUACCGCCAGAAUCUGGGGAAAAAGUCGGUUUGGGAAUCACGGUGUUGUUAGCGAUGACUGUUUUCUUGUUACUCGUAGCUGAGACACUUCCCGCAACUUCAGACGAUGUUCCGUUACUUGGUCAGUAUUUCAUCGCCACAAUGUUUGUCACUGCAAUGUCACUUGUCAGUACAUGUACCAUUUUGAACUUUUUCCACCGUAGUCCGUCGACUUCACCAAUGCCUCAGUGGGUCCGAGUUAUCAUUCUUGGCUACAUGGCAAAAGUGUUUUGCUUCCCAAACGACAAAGAGGAGGAAAUUAAAGUUACACCCAAAACCAAAAGAAGAAAAAUCGAAUUUGACUUAAACGGCGACGUUGUGUGCGACGACGAUACGUACAUGACAGUUCAAGAGCUCGAGAAUUCAUCCAGGUUUCGAGACGACAUGUCCGUCAUAUAUCAGAGUGGUCGAAGUACUCCAAGCAGGCGAAGUGCCCGCAGUAUGAGUAUCGUUGCGGGUCACAGCUCGUUCACUGAGAGGCUCCUCGAGGACAUAAGCAUUCUGGCCGACGAUGUUCGUGCCAGACAAGAAGACGACAGGCAAAGGGAGGAAUGGCGCAUUGCUGCUCUCAUCAUGGAUAGGAUGUUUUUCUGGUUGUUCUUGUUCAUAACUUCCCUUUCAACAUUUUUAAUUUUCUUCCGAGAAACCGUCAUGGGUUGA